AUGGAGAAAAAACCAGAAAUUACCGAGAAGCGAUGGAUGUUCGAAACGGAAUUCGGAAUUCCGAAAAUUCCGAAAAUCCCAUUUUCGAAAUGA